AGGUAAUUGAAACCAACCUUAAGCUCUUUUUAUCUCCACUCUAAAGGUAGCCCCGAUUAUUGCUGACUUAAGUAUCGGAGUGUCUACCCCGAAGACCCACCUCGGGGCUUUGCAGUACAUAACUAACUUGUAAAGUGACUUCUAAUGCACUGGCAUAUCACAGAUUUAUCGGAGCACACGAUGGCCCCACCUCAAAUCUCAUGCCAACUGAUAUUUAGCAUUUUAAGCUUAAAGUCGAUUCUUCUACAUAGAGCUAGAUUUGUUGAUGAUCUCACGAAGAUGACUGACGCAUGGUUCGUGCUCGAACUCACUGCCAGCGGCACCAAGCUCAACGAGACAUUUUAAGGCAUUCGAAACUUAGAGGAUUUCCGUUUGUUUGAGUCAAGUUACGCUCUGGUCCGUCGCUAUUUGUGCGUCAUUGGCGAAAGAGGCCACACCAUGGACAUUUAGAGCUUUCUUUCUAGUCAAUUUCGCGUUCUGGACACUAAAGAUUCAGAAUUCAGAAAAAAGGGAUUGGGCUUUAAGUGAAUUAACCAUACCAUUUAUCUGCGCUAGGCCAACUGUGGCUGCCGUUGAUGAUGGUAUCUUCGUCUUGCAUCCCUCUGGCCAUGGUGUGUUCUCUUCUUCAAUGACGCACGAAAAGGGUAAGGAAAUCUAUAUGCGCUAAUUGUGUUCGCUGCCAUUAUAGAAUGCCUCUAAGUCUGUCUUGUUUCAGAGCAUGAUUCGGGUGUCCUUUAAUUACUGUUUUCAAUGGAAAAAUUUAUCUUUCUUUCUUUUCUGUGAUGACAAAAAUUCUGAUGGGUCCGUUUUUCUGUCCAUGAAAAACUUGGUUCCAAAACUGACAGCAAACUGUUUUUAGUUGCCAUCACUUACUACAAUAUCUGGUUCUUUUACCUACUUGAAAACAACCAAACAACCCAAAGGUAGAUGUUUCCGAGGAUACUCUACUCGUUCAGAGGAGAAGCAUGAUUUGAUCUGUUGCCCUUAAUCAGUUGUCUGCUGUUGUUAGUGUCUUCCCCGUUUCUUUUAGUUUUUUGUAGCUUUUAGAAGAUAUAUUUGUUGAUUGUGGACUCUGAUUUAUCUUUGUUGGUUGGCAGUUAUCCUGAACCUGAGGAAGCACUUAAAGGAAAGAAGUAGGUCUUGAAUCUUGAUGCAUAAAAAGAAUUAGAAAUCAACAAUAUUGAUGCACAGAGUGGACUAGAAUUAAUGAAAUUUCUAUAUGUGGAAGUGAAUUAACUUAAACUGGAAUCUAGGUGAAGAAAAGUUAGUGUCUUGC